AGCCUUAAGUCACCUGUCAGGAAGCAAACUGUGACACUGCAGCUCUUUCCUUUUGAUCGAUCACAAGAUCCUCUUAAACAAGGAGAGCAAACAUGGGCGACGUGACUUUAAGGAAUGUUCAGCCACAGCAACAGACUGUCUUUAAAUCUAAUGGCUGCGUUUACAGGAUUCCUGCUCUUUUCUGCGACAGAGAAAGUGAAACUCUUCUGGCUUUUGCAGAGCAGAGGACGACUGAAGAUGACAGCAGCUCCAAAAUGCUGGUUAUGAAGAGAGGAACACUGAAGGAGGAAACCUCUAAUGUGAAGACAGUUGAGUGGUCAGAGUUUCAACUAAUAGAAGAGGCACGUAUUGAAGGACACCGCCCUAUGAAUCCCUGCCCGCUGUAUGACAAGACCAGUAGAACCCUCUUCCUGUUUUUCAUCUGUGUUGAAGGCACCGUCUCAGAGCAGUGGCAGAUAAAACACUUCGACAACAAGGCCCGUCUCUGCUACAUCACAAGCGCUGAUCUCGGACAAACCUGGAGUAAAUUGACCGAUCUGACUGACAGUCUGGCUGAAAUUAAAAACUGGGCCACUUUUGCUGUUGGGCCGGGCCACGGUCUUCAAACAGAGCAAGGAAGACUGAUUGUUCCACUUUAUGCUUAUGCUUCUGCUUCUGGCAUGAACUCCUGCUGUCGCUUGUCUCAGAUCAUCGCUCCAUACGCACUCUCCCUGUACAGUGAUGAUUCUGGUAAAAAGUGGCAGUUUGGCCAAAUGUUGCAAGCAAAAUCCAUUGAAUGUGAAAUGGCAGAGUUUUUUGACAAUGAAAACAAAAGCAUAAUCUACUGCAAUGCUCGCACUGAGGGAGGAUUUAGAGAGGAGCAUGUCAGUGAGAAUCAUGGCCAGGACUUUUGCAAACUGAGUGGUGCUCAAAAGCUCGUGGAGACGGGCUUCGGCUGUCAGGGAAGCUUGGUCUCUUUUCCAGCUCAAAAUGAAGAAGCAAAUUGUGAUCCAGGCCAGAACUCAAACAAAUGGCUGCUCUACACCCACCCAAGCCACCAGUCCCGCAGGGUUAGUCUAGGAGUGUAUCUGAACAAGUCCCCAUGUGAUCCAAAUGCUUGGAGCGAACCCUGGAUCAUCACCAGUGGACCCAGCGGUUACUCAGACCUGGCUUACAUUGGUGAUGGUUGGUUUGCUUGUCUAAUGGAGAGUGGGGAGAAGAAAGAAACUGAGCAGAUAGCCUCUGUGGUUUUUAGCUACAAUGACGUCAAACAAGUCAUUGGAAAGUAAAAAAUAAAACCUUGCUUUUAUCCAUUGUAAAGGCUUGUUUGACUCUGAUAUCUGUACAAAAAGAUGCAAUAUUUGGAGAGAACCUACUAUUGGUAAAAUCUAUUAAAGUGUGUUAAUAAGAAACAAAUGGGGCCAUGUACUUGUUUCAAAUAAACAGUGAGGUCCUCCCA